GGCCGUUACUAGGAAUCCCGAUGAGGAGUGCAUUACAGUAGUCAAGCCUGGAGGAGACAAAGGCGUGGACGAGCUUCUCUGCAUCUGUCAGGUAAGGCUUGCUGUGAGAGAGCACUGGGUUGUAACUACACAUUGGGAGCCCUGAAGAAUUCCUGGUGCCACACUUCAAGAGAUGACCGAAGCAAUGUUUGGGAAUGGAACUGACCAGUGGGUCUGCCCGAAUGACCGGCAACUAGCACUUAGAGCAAAGCUGCAAACAGGCUGGUCUGUGCACACCUUUCGCACAGAGAGACAGCGGAGGAGUCGGGCAUUGGACGAGCAGGAGCUGGACAUCAUCCUAGGAGUGAUCCGCAGGGCAGAGCAGCUGGACCAGAUGGAACAGUGUAGAAUAGGGAGGCUAGUGGAGCGUCUGGAGAACAUGAGGAAGAAAGCAGUAGGGAAUGGCCUGUCCCAGUGUGUGCUGUGUGGAGAGCAUCUGGGACUGCUGGGGUCUCCCUCUGUGUUCUGCCAGGACUGCCGCAAGAAAGUGUGUUCAAAGUGUGGGAUUGAGACUGGAUGCAGUCCGAGACGAACCCUGUGGCUGUGCAAGAUCUGCAGUGAGCAGAGAGAGGUGUGGAAGCGUUCAGGAGCCUGGUUUUAUAAGGCUAUUCCAAAGUACAUGCGCCCCGGGAAAGAGGGGGAGCGAGGUCUUGAGUCAGGCUUGCGGGUGACAGAGAGAGGAGGGCUUCAUGCUGGCAUGAGCAUGACGGCAGGUCACACCUACAGCUGGGCACGUAGCAAAGUGGUCUCCAGUGAGAGUGACAGCGAAUCGGAGCUGAGCGAGACCAGCCAGGAGAGCAGGGCCUUCACCCCCAGCUCUCAGGACAUCCUGGACAGCAAGCAGUGGGAUUCCUCAGCCAGGGCCUCCCCCGCCCCAGUCCUUGGCUUUCUGAUGCUCUACAAGCUGUCCGAACCAAACUGCGGGCAGUGGAGCGAAAGUGGAAAGGGUCCUGUCUCCCCAGUGAUAUAG